GUCCCCUUUGGGAAGCUUCUAUCACUUUGUAUAUAUCAUGCAUUUCUCCUCCUCGUCGUUACUACUUUGGCAGCAUGCAUGUCUGUCACUGCCGCACAGUGCAAACCUUCCUUAAAGGGCUGCGAUACGAACGAUGAUUGCUGCAGUCACCACUGUGCUCCAGUGAAAGUGAGUAUGAAUAGCUUGCUUUGCAUCCAGUAUUCGACCCUGUUGCUCACCCCUUGCACCUUGCAAUAUCAAUGGCGCGGCGGUCUGAAAAUCUGCCAGUAAGACUGCUUACCGAUGAGCUGGCAGCCCGUCCAUGAGCACAUCUGGACAUUCGUUGCUGACUUGGUCAAUGUGGUUGUUCCUGGAGUCUGUUAUUUUCCCUGCUUCAUGGGCAAUAGAGGCGCCUUUUUGAUU